ACUAUGGUCGCAAGACUAUAGCCCGUCUUCUAAGGACGAAGAAAAAAAAAUCUACUUUUAUCAAAUAUUAUUAAAUGUCAGUACUCAGUACUGCCGUCUCAAUCAAAAUAAAUUGGAUUGGAUUUGAUUUUAUUAUAAAAUGUGAAUUAUGAAUGCUCUUUGGUUUUUAUACAGGUUUAUCUUGUAUCUUUCCGUAGUAUUGUAAAUUAUAAUUCUCUUAGCUAUUGUAAUGUUCUUUGUAGGUUAUCGAAAUAAACUAAUGACAGAAUUUUGGUGAUCUCAUUGUGUAGUGGUAAAAAAUAUUUUUUGAGACCAAUAUAAUAUUGCUACAGUGAAAGUUGACAUCAUGGGUGAUAUUAUAGAGUUUACUACAUCAUCAAAAAACAAGCGUUUAUUUUACAAAUUAUCAAACAAUGGCAUGAACUUUGAUGUCAAAACAACUGGUGUUGCUAUUAUUGGAUUGGCAAGGGUUCUGCAUGACAGGUGCGAUGUGACGAUUAUAAUAGGAGCCGAUAAUAAAACCAUUAUUAGUGAUAUGAAUGGAAAAUUGGUACAAGUAAAUAUAGGAGAUAUUGUUAACGGAGAAGAAUACAAAAAGUUUUGGUUCAUGAGAGAUGCAGAGUAUGUCAUGUAUGGUAGACUAGGGGAAACUGAUCCAAUACUUAGACUGCCUUUUAAUGAAUGUGAUCUCAAUUAUGUUACUUUCUACUGCCACACAUACAUAGAAAAAGUUUAUUGGAGAAUUGAAUUGCCACCGUUACUGAAGGUGCCUGAUAAUAAACCAGUAACCAAAGGCAAACUCCGAUGGGAGUUAAUGGAUAAACAACUUCCUGAAGAUGCACUAAUUGGAGGCCAUGAGGGUGAACCGUUGUACAUUGCGAGAGCGUUACUACAUAGAUCCUUGGUGCUGGGGAAAUAUGUGCCGUCGGAAAACAUUGCGUAUUUCUCUUGGGGAGGACAAAUUCUUAGAGAGAAAAUUUUUGAGGUGCUUUGUGGGUAUGAUUGUAUGUGGGUGCCUACACAAGAGGACCAAAUACCAACACGAGCUAUCGAAGCGGGAUACUCUGAUAUCGAUGGAGAACCACUUUACAUUGCCAGGGUACGUCAUCGCGGACACCUCAUACAAGGCAGAUUACAACCCUCGCAGAAAGCUUGUUACGUACUGUAUAAAUUUCAGCAGGUUACGGCUAGAAACUACGAAAUAUUAACAUUGACGCAGGGUUUACUAAGUGUAAAUACGUUUUUAUUACCCAAUGAGGAUACAUCACUUUCUAUACGUAAUGUUCGAGAUCCACGAUGUAACAUGUGGGGGCCGCUAGAUGGCGAUGACAAUGAGUAUGACAUAAUUAUUGAUAAUUAUUUAUAGCAUACAGUAUUCAUAUUACAUUUUAAUGUUAAAUAUAAUUUAAUAGUAACUGCAA